UCUAACUCACCUGCAAUUCAUCAAGCACAAAGGGAAAACACCUGUAGAAGUGCAUGGUGCGUUUGUAGGGGCUUUCUUCAAAUCAUCUCCAUAUAAACAAUGAACAGUGAAAAUCAGAAAUGGAUUGCGUGACUCUGAUUCUGCUCUUCCUUGGAUUCAGCCUCCACUCCUGCUCUCUCUUCCCCCCCCCAUAAGUACUACUAUGUUAACUUGGCAAAGAACUGGACCGAUGCUCAGCUUUACUGCAGAGGGAAAUACUCUGACCUGGCGACCAUUGUAAGCAUGGAUGAUAUAAGCAAGCUACAACCUGCUUUCACCUAUUCAUGGGCAUGGAUCGGAAUGGCAGAUGACCCAAAGUCCUGGAGGGAUAGCAUGGGCAAUGACUCCAACUCCUGGAGAUCAUCAGCAACUGGUGAAACGAGCAAAACUGGUUACCAGAACUGGGCUGUAAGCAAUCCAUCAGACACAAAUGGAAAUGAAAUGUGUGUGGAAAUGUACCCUGAUGGAACGUGGAAUGAUGCGCCCUGUGGACUACUCAACAGUUUUGUUUGUUACAAUGUUACAAACCAAAACACGAAAACCUACGUGUUCAUCUCAACUUUGAAAACGUGGACCAACGCCAGUGACUACUGCAGAGAACACUACACAGACUUACCGAUGAUCGAGAAUGAUGUAGAAAACAAUGCAGUCUAUUCUGCAAAACCAGCCUCUGCUCAACCUUGGGUUGGUCUGUACCGAGUGCCGUGGACUUGGUCCGACAAAACCCAAAGCUCCUUCAAACACUGCCGAAGUGGUAGCCCAAAUAACGAUGGUGGUAACCAGUACUGUAACUGUGAGAAUUCUCUCCAUGAAUGGGAUGAUGACACCUGUUCAGUCAAGUAUCCUUUCAUCUGUCAUCAAGUUUCAAAAGUGAAGACUACUGUGAGGAUGAAGUUCGAGACUAGAGCUGACAUAACCGAUCAGCUACUAACACCCAGAUCCUCCAACAGCUGGAUGCAGAGCUAAAAAGACGUGGAUGGACUGACUUCAAGCUGCGAUGGAAGAUUCAGCCCAAAAAACAGGAGGAAGAGAAACUCACAGAACCUCCAUGUAGUUAACAUGUUUAAUAUAUUUUUUAUCUGCAAAACUAUUACAUGAUAUUAUAAUUUUGUUGCGUUGUUAAUUAAGUAAUUUGCCUAUAUAAUUAUGCUUCAGCUAUUAGAAGAUAAUAUCAUAAAUUGAGAUAAUUAGGUUUUUGGUUGUGUGCUGCACAUUGUCCUGCUGUUGAUAUUAAAGAUGUCCUGACGCACAACCCAAAAAUGUAGCAACUAUUUUGAUAAUCCAUUAAUCAUUUCAAUCAUUUCAUUUGAAUAAUUUUACUUAGACCCAAAGUGAAGAUUAGCUGCUUUUCUCUGUUAUAUAUUUUUUUUAUUUAAAUUUUUUUUACUAUUUUAUGAAAUUGUAUAGACCAAAUGGAAUAAUGGAAAUAAUCGUUAUACAUAAAUAAGCACCUACAACAAAACGUUUGUGCUUUCAUGUACUACAGCCUGAUGAAAAAUUAAUUGAACUAUUUUAAUCGCUGUGUGAUUUUAUGUGUGUCUUCAAUGAUGUGAAUGAGUGUGUUCCUCGUUUGCUGUUAUAGUUGGUGAGUACAGUUUGGCUGUGUCCCAUUCUCCUUUAUGGGAUAUUAUUAAGCCGCCUACACACGAUACGCAAUUUGCUCUCUGUGCACCGCUAGGUAGUGCGCAGAGAGCAAAGCGCAGCACAGGUAAACCUCAUCAAGGGUGGCAAGGAAGCUAUUUCCUGUUGCUAGGUAACCUGCUGUUAUUUAAUUGGGCGGCGCUUUCGAAAAGUCAGCAGCAACUAAGUCAAAGUUGAAAAAAUUUGAACUUUGAGCGCAGCGCAAAGAGGCAAAUCAGAGGAAGGAAGGAAAUCAAUGGACCAGCCGGCGCGAAGCAGUUUUGCCGUCCAUCAUGUGUAGGUGGCUUUAGGCUGCGAAGAGCUCACUGAAUAGCUGCCUGUGUUAUGUUUGUAUUGGUUAUGAUGCUUCAGUGAACUAUUCACAUUCUAGGUGUUGACCUUUGACCCCAUGAAGUCAGAAAAAUGAGUAAGACGGUUUGAUUUGAGUAAAACAUGAGUAAAGUUA